AUGGAGCCCACCUGUGUUUCCCUCAAUGGCUGGAACUUCUCUCGCUACGAGUGCCAAGUCGCCAUGGCGAUCAAGCUCUACAUCCGCAACUCCAACAACGCAACUCCCACCGACGAGACCGUUGGCGUCAUCAUCAACUCUCUCCGGGGCCAGGUGAAUGGAGUUCCCGCUCCCAUCUACAACGUCGUUUCGACGCUGCAGUCGCACAGACUCGAGAGCCAUCGGACUUUGUAUCUGCAGGUUUACUGUGCCCGGCAGUACUGGCAGCAAGAAGCGACCAAUGUUUGGAACGCGUGGAUGUCCCAGAAUGACGCCUUGGUGCAACGACUUAGAGCUCAGGGAGCUCUGGGGCCGUUCUUGAACCCCGACGGUACGCUGAGGACUCGCUGA